AUGGCAACUCCAUCUGGGCUUCUCCGCAGCACUAGGGCGCUCUUCGCCGCCGCCAAAUCCGCCACCCCGGUCGCCAACAUAUCUCCUUCCGCCACCAAAGUGGCCUCCUCCUCCGCCGCUUCGAAGACGCCGAAGAUUCCGAAGGAAAGGAAGCCGCCUUCCAACUCAGGGGUCACGAGGACGACGCCUAUCUCUGUCACGCUCCAGAGCCUUGUUGGCGCACCGGAGGCUUCUCGGGCCCAGGUUGUUAAGAAAGUCUGGGAACACAUCAAGCUCCACAAUCUUCAGAACCCAUCAAAUAAGAAGGAGAUACUCUGCGAUGCUAAGCUGAAGAAACUGUUUGAUGGGAAGGAUAAAGUGGGGUUUCUAGAGAUUGGAAAGCUGCUUACCCCCCACUUUAUCAAGUCUGGUUAA